CUACCAGAAUUUGAGCCACUCUGAAGCAAAAUCUGCGGAGAGGUGGAUUUUCACCUAAAUUGCUUCCUUGCCAAACAUGCCACCUACUAAUCCAACAUUUGCCUUUUAUUCACAAAAAAGACGGAAAAAACACUGGCUUAUUUUACUCUGCUUAAAUAAACUUAGCUUGGCUCGUUUGCCUGCCCCAGCUGCCAACUCUCACGCCCUGAAAGGCUGAUAUGUCAUUCUGGUACGGUGAGCCAUUCUCUCCAUCCACACCACCCCUUGUACUGACGCCAUUGCUGCCCUUCGCUCGGAGCACAAGAACGCAAACAUAAAUAGCAAGAAACUUAGAAAAGCAAGAACUCAAGCACCAGCCACUCCAGUUGCUUGCCUCCGUUGAUUGAUUGGUUACGCCAGGAAGGAGGAGAUGAUGAAGGCCAUGCCCGGACCGAAGAUACUGAUCGUCCACCCGUCGUCGAACAAGUUCGGGAAAGGGGCGGCGUCCAUGUCCGGCCGCUCCUUCUGGCUCGUCGUGCUUCUCGCGGUGUUCGGCAGCGUGUCCCUGCUCACCGUCUUCUCCACGGCGCGCGCCCCGUCGUCUGGGACGGCGCCACCGCGGGUCACGUUCACGGUCGGCGCUGACGCCGCCUCGGCGGGGGCGAGCGGAGGAGCGCUGCCGGCGCACGUGUUCGACGCGCUGGUGCGGUACGCGGCGGCGGCGGGGGCGAACUCGACGGCGAGCAUGCCGGAGGAGGACGUGCGCGCGAUCGCGUCGGUGCUGCGUCGCCGCGCGCCGUGCAACCUCCUGGUGUUCGGCCUGGGCGCGGAGACGCCGCUGUGGCGCGCGCUGAACCACGGCGGGCGCACCGUGUUCCUGGACGAGAACCCGUUCUACGUGGCGCACAUGGAGGGCGCGCACGGGCCCGGGCUGGAGGCCUACGACGUGGCCUACGCCACCGCCGUGCGCGAGCUGCCGGACCUCCUGGACGCCGCGCGCGCGUCCAGGCGCGCCGAGUGCCGGCCCGUGCAGAACCUGCUCUACUCCGAGUGCCGCCUCGCCAUCACCGACCUGCCCAACGCGCUGUACGACGUGGCGUGGGACGUCGUCCUCGUCGACGGGCCCCACGGGUACGCGGAGGGGUCGCCGGGGAGGAUGGCGGCGAUCUACUCGGCGGCGGUGAUGGCGAGAACGAGGGGGACGGAGACGGACGUGCUAGUGCACGACUUCCAGAGGGAGGUGGAGAGCGUGUGCGCCAAGGAGUUCCUGUGCGAGGAGAACCGCGUGGAGGGGACUAGCACGCCGUCGCUCGGUCACUACGUCGUGCGCGGCGGCGGCGCCGCCAGCCGGGAGGACUUCUGCUCGGCGCCUGCCACCAAGAAGACGAACUAGUCGGGAAACCGGUUAACGUCGUUCUUCGAUCGGGCCAGCUUAUCGUAUCGUGUUCAUUUCCACGCAAUUUGUAAAUUUGUAAUGUGGUUUCGAUCGGGAAUUGAAGUGCAAACAAAAGGCAAUUUGUGGAUAAA